AUGCUUGAUCUAUUAAAUCUUCCAAAAUCAGUGUUGUUUGACAUUACUCAAUUUUUGAACCAGCAAGAUGCGAUUAAUCUUAGUUUAACUAACUAUGCCUUUUACGAAUCGAGUAUAGCCAAAAUCUACUCGAAAAUAACAAUUCAGAAAGAGCCCAUAUUAGUUGGAUCCAGAAAAAAUAGGUGCAAUGACUAUUUAGAUUCAACUCAGACAGUCAUAUAUGGACUUAAAAAUACUCCGAGUGAGCAAAACCAGCUCAAGAUGAUGAAUGCAAGAAUAAGGGCCCUAAUGCAGUCUCUUUCAAUUAAUACAUCUUUGAAGGAUUUAGUAAAGGAGAUCAGUAUAUUUGGAGAGUUGCAUCAAAUCAGAUCUUCAAUAAGAGACCUUUUGAAACUCUUUGCAGGAAGAAAUUUAAACAAGGUAUUCGUAUCGAGCUAUUCUCUACGUCAAUACUUAAAGCUGGAAUUGAACGAUAUAAAGUCGAACACUAUAAUUGUUGAUGAAGCUUACGAUAUUAUAAAAUCAGUUGGCAAACCUUCACAUCUAAUACUUCCUUUGCGUGAAAAUGGAGGUGUUAAGCUUUACUCAGAUUUGAAAUUGCAAGGUUACAAUAUAAAAUCGAUCUUGGUGAACGGAAAUAAUUCAGCCUACUGGAAAUUCAUUGACAGCUUCUUAAGAAUGAACAUAAGAUAUUCCUUGACCACAUUCAGGUUGUAUUACGAACACGGCACAGAAUUGAAGAAAGUAAGUUCUAUACUACAGGCAAUUAAUAUAAAUUCCCUAGAGAACUUGGAACUUUAUAUCGGCUGCAACGAGAGAAACUGCAAGCAAGACUGUUUAAUAGAUCUUUUCGAGGUGAUACUCGAACAUAAUCCAAGGUGCUUGAAGAGAUUAUCUAUCACCCAGUGUGUGGUGUAUUCAGACCAUCAGCUGAAUGAGCUUUUUGAUUUCAAUGUUAUCGACUUUCUAAGCGACCUUUGUCGCACGCGUACUUUGAAGUUAUUAUCUAUUAAGCACAAACUUCCGAAUGAUUGCCUCUUUGUUGAUGGACUCGAAGGAAAUUUCUUAAGGAGAGAAAGAAUGUAUUCAGAACUCUUGUCUUCAAAGUUAUCUCAAAAGGUCUUCAAUCUAAUCUUACCGAAUCUAAUGAUGUCUUUUGCCUGUUACGAACAAGAAAUGAACACAUUGCUCUAUAAUGGAUGCAAAUGCGACCAUUGUGUUAAGCAUUUAGAGUUGAUCGACGAAUUUCUCUUUCAUCACAAAUAUUACAAUUUUAAGCUUCAUUCAUUCAGAGAUAUGACAGCAAACCAAGUGAUAUUCACGCUUAGCAGCUAUUUGUCUCAACGACUCGUAGAUGAUGAUCUUUUGACUUCAUUUAAUGCAUUGUCUUUUCCAAUGAGAAAAGUUGAGUGGAAUUUCCACGAUAAUGCACUGCGGGUACCGUUCCGUUGCCUUGGCUGGGAUGUCACAGACGAGGGAGAUUUUGAUGCUGAACAGGAUCUCUUUUUCGACGCAGGAGAUAAAAUUCUGACCUGUAGGUUUUGCUCAGCUCUAGAUUUCAACAAAAACUAUGGCAUCGUGAUCUGCCAUUUCUUGAAUGGCAUCGUUCUCGCCAUAUCUGAUCUCAAUCGUGGAGAUGCUGAAGACAUGGUUAUAGGCGAUCGAUUAACAGAUGGUAUGUCGCCAUUGCCAUUUAGAAAAAUUUUAAUAAAUGGAGUGGAUUACAAUCUUGACAAGGAACGCAAUGGGACUAAUUUUUUUACGAAUGUCUAUGACAAUACUUGA